CUCUCCUCCUAAUGGUUUCAGAGGAUGUCCACGUUCGUGAUGCAGAGCAUGGCGUUUCUCCAGUCCUCCUCUGCCAUUCCUGGGUCCCAGUUACACGUGAACGGGGACCUCAGGUUACAGCAGAAGCAGCCUCUGAGUUACAGCGGCCUAGAUGUCCGGUACAACGUGUCUGUGAUCAACGGGACCAGCCCUUUCGCCCAGGACUAUGACCUUACCCACAUUGUGGCUGCUUAUCAGGAAAGGAAUGGUGAGUCACGGGCAGGCCAGGGGACCCAUGGUGAAGAGAAUUGCAGGUGUGGGGCAGUGGAAGCAGAUAGAAAUAGAACCUUUGGGAACUGGGAAG